AUGUUAUCCUCCCUCUCUUCUACUAUGGCAAACGCCCGACACUCAAUCGCACAAGCCUUGAACUUCGCGUUAGUUCUCUCUACGGCUUUCAUGCUAUGGAAGGGCCUCUCUGUCGCCUCCGCAUCCAGCUCGCCAAUCGUCGUCGUGUUGUCUGGGUCAAUGGAACCGGCCUUCCAGCGUGGUGACCUGCUGUUCUUGUGGAACCGGAGCCCUCGUGCAGAGAUUGGAGAGGUUGUCGUCUACAACGUUCGAGGCAAGGACAUCCCGAUUGUACACCGCGUGGUGCGGACAUUCCCCGAGGUCGAAGGGCGCGUGAACGCGAGGAAGGUGAAAGAAAUUACAGUGGACACGGCACCCGACUCUCAUAUGCUCCUUACUAAGGGUGACAACAACAUUGCCGAUGACGUCGAACUCUACGCUCAGGACCAAGACCACCUCAACCGCAAGGAAGAUAUUGUGGGCAGUGUGCGUGGGUAUAUCCCGAUGGUGGGAUAUGUUACCAUUAUGCUGUCUGAGCACCCUUGGCUCAAGACAGUAAUGCUUGGAUUGAUGGGCCUAAUGGUCAUGCUUCAGCGAGAGUAA